AUGCAAGUGCUGGUUGGCAAUUCUGAGGAGUACCUGGGUCCCGUGAACCUUUGUUUGGUAACUCUUAUUCGACAUCCAUCUGAAUUAAUGAAUGUUCCUCUUCACCAGCAACAAAACAAAUGUACGACCUUAGUGAAAAAUAAAACUGCUGCUGCCACUACUGCUCUGCAGUUCACCUACCCGCUGUUUACAAGUGCCUGCUCCACUGGUGGGAACGCCAGCCUUGCACAGACACAGAGUUCUAGUAACUCAUGUUCUAUACUGGAAGCUGCCAAGCACCAGGAUAUUGGACUGCCUAGAGCAUUUUCUUUCUGUUACCAGCAAGAGAUUGAGUCCACCAAACAGACAGGAGGUAGUAGAAACAAAGCCUUGCCGGAGCAGGUUUGGAUUAAGGUGGGAGAAGAAGCGCUAUGUAAACAAGCAAUCAAUAAGAGGAAUCGGAGUAGAAUCCGCCAGUUGGACACAAGUGUGGAGCGAAGAGCCCUUGGGGAGAUUCAGAAUGUGGGUGAAGGCUCCACAGCUUCACAGGGCACCUGGCAGUCUUCUGAGUCCUCACAGUCAAACCUCGGGGAGCAGACGCAGAGCGGACCCCAGGGAGGAAGGUCUCAGCGUCGGGAGAGGCAUAACCGGAUGGAAAGAGAUAGAAGGCGCAGAAUCCGCAUUUGCUGUGAUGAGCUGAAUCUUUUAGUUCCGUUCUGCAAUGCAGAGACAGAUAAAGCAACAACCCUUCAGUGGACCACAGCAUUCCUGAAGUACAUUCAGGAAAGACAUGGGGAUUCUCUUAAAAAGGAAUUUGAGAGCGUGUUUUGCGGUAAGACUGGCAGAAGGCUAAAGCUGACUAGACCCGAAUCCCUGGUGACCUGCCCUGCACAGGGCAGUCUGCAGAGCAGCCCCGCCAUGGAGAUCAAGUGA